UUGAUAAGAAAUUGUGCUCAAUUACUAAUACAUACUUCUAUAAAUAAAUGAUGUAUUUUGGGCACUGAUACCAAACAUCUGAAACGUCGGAAACGGAGAUAUUGGUAUUUUGCAGUCUCCCUCAACCACACCAUAAUUUUUUUGGAGACCAGUCAAAUUUUCUCUACUUGUCUCAUGUUCACGAAAAUGAAUUUACCUUUCACUGUAUUUUCGUUUCGAAUCUAUAAAUACAACAGUGACGAGCUCGUUUUGCUUUCCACAUUUAACUCCCCAUCGCUUUUUGAUGGUUCAGAGGACACGCAGCCAUAUAGCAAACUGUCGCAGAACCGGAACGAAUGGGGGUCGGUUGGUUUAAUGUUGUCCAGAGGUCGGAACACUGUGGCUGGCUGCGCAAGCAAGGUGGCAGGUACAGAAACUUGAGAUCAAGAUGGUUUGAACUGAAAGGAGAUCAGCUGUAUUAUUUCAGAGACAAUAAUGAACCAAAGACACCCAUUGCUGCCAUCCCUUUACCAGGAAAUGAGGUUAUUAGACACCCCCCAGAUUCUGGAGAGCCUGGAAAAUUUAAAUUUGAAAUUGUUUCUGGUAAAGACAAGGAAGGGCGCCCAGUGUCAAGUAACCAUGAGACAUUUCUCUUGAUUGCAUCUUCACAGCAGGAAAUGGAUGAAUGGAUUCAAGCCAUAAACAGGAUAAUUUAUGCUCCUGUAGGAGGUGGAAUGUUUGGCCGCAGCUUGGCUGAAACUGUCAAGUUUGAAGCCAGGCGUGGUGGAGGAUAUGUCCCUCUUAUAGUUUCCAAAUGUGUUGACUUUAUCAAAGCAAAUGGUUUGUCUGAAGAAGGUUUAUUUAGAUUGCCAGGGCAGGCAAAAAAUGUAGCAGAACUUAAGGAUGCCUUUAAUAGAGGAGAGAAUCCAGAGCUGGAGGGCAACAAAGCUGAAGUUCAUUCUGUGGCAUCAGUGUUCAAGUCAUACUUCAGAGAACUCCCCGAACCACUCAUACCUUAUGAUUACUUUGAGGUGUUCUUAACAGCAGCAAGAUGCUAUGAAAUAUAUGUUGAUGAUGGGAUCGCUGCAAUACAGAAGCAACUAAAAACUCUUCCAGCUCCAAACUAUCAUCUUUUAGCCUAUUUGUGUCGCUUUCUAUUUGAAGUACAAGAACACUCUGAACAAAACAAAAUGGGUCCAAGGAACCUAGCAAUGGUCUUUGGACCAAAUAUUCUUCGGUCAGGGUCAGAGGAUCCUCAGGUCAUGAUGGAGAGUACAAACCUAGUAACAGAACUCAUCAGUAUCUUGAUCAGAAAACAUCAAUUGUUUUUCCCUGAAAUUGAAGAUGUACAACCGCCUCGACCUCCCACAGGUGGCGAUUUGAUUGAUCUUAAUGCUGACUCCCUCCGGAUUCAGAGAGGCCCAGACAUCAGCUAUCCUGAUAAUGAAGAUGAUACAGCUGAAGAUCCCCGAAGCCAGGUGCUUGAAUUGGAAAAUGAACUUGAACUUCAGCAGCAACAGAUAAAGGAUCUUCAAUCAAAACUUGAACAAGAAAGGAAAGUUCGCGAAAUGCUAGUGUUGCGAUUAGCAGACGAACAAAGAGCGCGAGAGUCUGCUGAGGAUCGGCUGGAAAAACUGCAAGCUGCUAUGGAGGAAUUUUGUGCCAAAUAUGGCAGCUGGGAGCCAACAACAUAGUUAGACUUCAUUGUGUUGUCAUUAGUGAAUGUAUGACUCUCUGAAAUAUCUCUUGUUUCAAAAAGUUGUAUUACUCAGACCAUAGCUCUCCUAGCUAGCAAUACACGAUUGACGGUGUAACUGAUGGGGUAGCCACUCACAAAACCCAAGAUCAAGUCAUGUUCAGUUGACGGAUAUUUGUCUCCUUGGCAGUCGUAGUGUUCUCUCUCACUCAGCACCCUCUUCCCCCGAGGUUAUUUCAUGACAGAGGAAGUGCAUUGAUGUUUAGCGUCAAUGCUUCGUCGAACUUAAUUUGAGUUCUGUGUGAGGUUAGAUUAUUUAGAAAGAUUUUACUUUAAUGUUAAAGAAAUAUUGAUCCGGAAGUCAUCAUAUUGCUUGAUUUCUUUAAUUGAUUGAUCCCAAAAAUUUCUCGAAAAAUAGACUUAAUUCGAUAAAUGCAUCGAUCAUUAAAGUCGCUCAGAAUCUCAUCGAGCCAAGAAAAUACAAAGAUAUCUUACUAGGAAGGAAACGUCCACUGAUCGCAUUAAAAAUGAGAUGUGAAAAAUGAAAGAAAGGGAUACGUGGCAAAAAUGUAUUUUGAGACAGUUUUAACUGUUCACUUUUCCAGUGUCUUUUCGUUCAGUUUUAGAAAAAAAGAAUUGCAAUUAUCUGUCACUGUGUAACUAUUUUGUACAAUAAAUUUUAAGCUCAUUUUA